AUGGGGAAUACAUAAUGCUGUAACAAAAUUGUCGAGGAUGAGGAUGUCUAAGAGAUAGUUAUUCGUGAAGAUUCGAAUAAAUAGACUGUAAAAUUAUAAGAAGUUUAGUAAGUAAAACAUAGCUAGAAAAAAACAGAAGAUUGUGGUACUCCUGCUUUUCCAGAACUAAGGUCCCAAUAGAGUAAAAAAUCGGAACAAUGCUAAUCCUUGAAAGAAAUUCAAUUCAUGGGGCAAGUUGAAAAGGAUGAACAAAUUUUUAAAUCAUCUUGCACCUUAGGGAGAAGAAGAUAAAAUGAUUCUCCUAUUGUUGCAUUCGAAGCUAAAAACUCUUUAAAAUCUUUUGAUUCUGGUAGGCUUAAAAAACUGCAAUCUGUUACUGAACAAUAACUUAAUCUAAAAAAUAUCUCUUCUCCAAGAGAAGAAGAUUCAUUUAUGCAAGAUAGUUUAAAAGGUGGACAACUAGAUGAGAAGUCUAGUAAAAGCAUUUUAAAAUAAGAGAUGAAAUAUAGUAAAUUUAGAAAUUAGUAAAAUCAGGCUGAAAGCGCUUUCAGAAAGGUGCAAUUUAAUUUGGAAUGA